AUGCCUCCAACAAGAAAGAGAAGUGCAUUGUGGAACCAUUUUAGUGAGCUUACGGACAACAAAGCUAAAUGUGGUUACUGUGCACAAAUUUUGAGUAUACCCAAUAAAUCCAUCGGUAAUUUGAGCAGGCACAUGAGACUAAAACAUCCUACAAUUCAAAUACAAUUAAGCAGACAACAGAAUACAAUUCAACAGCAGUCAUCAACAUCAAUACCAGACCCAGUACCAUCUACAUUAACCUCCUGCAACGUCACAUAUCUCCCUACCGUUAACUUCUCAUGA